AUGCAAAGAUGGUUCAAACAACACCGAGCUAUUGUUUUGAACACCUACAUACGACGUCAUAUAAUACUCCGCACUUACUCCACCAAGAUAACAACAUUCUUUGACAAAAACCCAACUCAAUCCCUUCCAGAGAAGUUAUCGACUUACUUCACCAACCUAUUGACCGAGCAGCACGAUAAAAUGUUGGACCAACCGGUACAAGGGAUAAUCAACAAAGUACCGAAUCUUGCCCGUGACUUGAAAAAGUCCAUCGAUAUUGAAAACAAACUUUUCACUGUCUUAUCAUAUGAUCCUGUAUUGAUUGAUCCACGUCUUUAUCUUCAUUUUUAUGACUCAGGCGUUGGGUUUUCAGUCAAAAAGUUACUACUAGAAAGGCUAUUGUACCAUCAACAAUAUGCCGCCUGCUGGCAUCUAUUUAUGGGAGAUACAUUGGAUGACUUGGAUUUGUUCUUGGAGACGACAAAGAGAUUUCUACAAACACAAAAGAAUAGUUUUGCCGUUAUAGACCUUGUUAUAAAUCUACCAAAUAUGGGAGAGAAUGAAAUGUACAAGGCACUGGUGUUGGAUGCAUUGAACUACACGUUUGAUGUGGAUGUGCGACAAAUACUACAGACUCAUUACGAAAUUAAUGAUUUACGAAACCUUAAUGAUAUACUUGCAUAUUCAAGCAAAGACCUUACUUCAGCAAUUUUAUGUUUGAAACGAGCCAUGAAAGUUUUGUAUUAUGAAGGGACAACCUCUUCUCAAGUACAAGAGAUUUUAUUGCAAUUUCCUGAUAUUUUAAUUCGUCCAGGCUGGAUUAGCUCAAUCUUGCCCAAAUUUGAAUUCUGGUCUUGCAUGGACUUUUCACACCGACCCCAAGGUAUCAUACCCUUUACCGAUGCAAUUAAGGAGAUUUUGUCAAGAGGUGUCCGCUUGAGUGAUAUGGACACCAUAUACUUGCUUCACUCAGAUGUAUCGCCAUUCUCCGUGUUUCUGGUAUACAAAUUAUCAUCAAUGCAAAGACUGAUUGUCAACUAUCUCGUCAAACUUUUAGUAAAUGAAUCAAAUCACGAAGAAUUAAAAGCUGCUUAUUUUGUCUCAAGAAAGCAACUCGAAUUACCGGUUCUUUUUUCAUGUGUCAACAAAUUACUUGAAAAUGAAUCGUCGGUAUUACCAUUGUUGAAGCAAAUCGGAAAAUCGAAAAGUGAAAAGAUUGUCAUGGGAAUUGAAUUCCAAAACGCUUCACAAUUUUUGGAAUUGAUUGUUUACUUUAACAACAAUCAAAAGAUUGCACGAUAUCUUAUCACUGCAUUCACUAAAUCACAGUACGUAAACAUUGAGAGCUUGACUUUGUUAGCGGCAUCGAAUAUCAACUCAAAAAGGACAAUACUUGAAAUAUUUCGAUCCACGUUGCUUCGAGCGAAAAUAAUUAACCCAACAUUCAUAUCAGUUGUGCUAAAUGUUAUUUUGAAGAAAACCAUUCCAAACAAAGGUGGAUUCAAGAAAUCCUUUUAUGCUCUAAACAAAGAGCAAAAGACACUUAUGCAUAAUUCUCUAAGGUCAAUGGGACAAACAAUGUCUCUUCUCAGCAAUUCUGACUUGGCGUAUGCAUUAGACUGUGUAUACACUGCAAUACAUCACACGGACUCGCCUUAUUUCAAAGAUAAGGCCGGGCAAGAAUAUAUAUUCAAGUCAUUGUCGAAUGAAGUUUUCAGAUUUGUCGCAAAAAACGAUGCACGGGUACAGAUACUCGAAAGUACAAUGGCACAGAUGACUACUUCCACUCACUGGAUAAAAUAUUGGCUCAUCUACACAAUGGUUCUCGACGAUGUUUCCAAUGCCAUCAAGCUCUUGAAACUUUACCAAAAAUCGAAACGAAAAUUGGUUCAAUUUUUCCCCGCCAUGAGUAUGGGUAUUGUACAAUCUAAGCAAAUGGAUAUCAAUAGCAAAAUGAAGUAUCUUGACUACUUUCUCACGCAAGCUGAAAAACUUCAAUACGAAAAUGUGCUAAAAUUGACAGCUGGAACCGAAAUAAUUUGUCAAUUACAAAAAGCUGCAAAAGAUGAAACCUUGAACAAAGAAUCUGUAAUGUUACUUGCUACUUUUAGUCGGGAAAACCGUUAUUUAAGGAGAGCUGUCUACAUAAGACACAAAAGAAAAGAGGCAUAUGCUGACCUUCAAAACCGAUGA